AUUCACCUUCUCAGAGCAGCUUGGGCGCCCGAAUAGCUUUGGUUGUGCCUGUCCGCGGCUAAUUUGCGUUGCUCCCCCAUCUUUUGGACUGGCCGACGAGACGCCUUUUUCCUCUGGCGACUCCACAGAAUGCGGGCGGGCGCAAAGCAAGAUUGGUUCGUGGCAAGCCACAGAGGACACAAAUCUCCAAGAGAUGGGCGGAUGAAGAACGGUUCCUGCAUUAGCGCACACACGGCGGGUUUUCUACUGUAUCUUCAAGUGUGCUUGUCAUCGUGUUUGCUUACGAUGCCAAAUAUGGCCACGCAGGAGCGAGACUACCGCCGUAUUUGCGGAGUAACAGACGGACUACAAUAUCGCUGUGACAUCCAUAUUAUGGAUACGGAUACUCGCUUCUGCUUCCAAUGCCAGCUGUGAUAUUUACUAGACCUGUCGGGGGAAUAGGAUGAGGCAAGCAAGCAAGC